AUGGCGCACUCAGACUACAAAAUUGCGAUGCUCGCUCCACCUGGAAGCAUUGUGGCUCCUCAUGGCUUUCCAGCUGAACCUCGACCAAAGGGGGCCCCCAAAGUCUUUCUGGAUGCUAUGGAUGUCCGAAUAAAGGUUUUCUGUGACGAACAAAGAUGCGCUCUUGAGCCUGAGCUAGACGAAGAUGAUCCUAGAUCGUGGCACUGGGUUGCAUAUUACACCGGAGGGCCAGGGCCAGAUCAGGCUGUCUCUGUCAUACGUAUCGUACCUCCGCCUCACGCGCCUCAUCCAAAUGACUUCCACGACCCAGAUGAAGAGCCGUAUGUGAAGCUCGGACGCGUUGCUACUAUGCCCGAAGCUAGAGGGAAAGGCAUCAACCGCUUACUGACAAAGGAGGCAUUUCGGUGGCUCGCUGCGAAUAGAGAUGAAGUUGGCAACGGAUGGAAGGGGCUCAUCCUGUGCCAUGCUCAAGUUAAUGUCGAAAAGAUGUAUGCAAAGUUGGGCUUUGUCACUGACGACAAGCUCGGACGCUGGGACGAAGAAGGCAUCGAGCAUCUGGGGAUGUGGAAGCGAGUAUGA